AAAAGCUUUGUCUGGUUCUCCGCAGGCUCCCCAGAACGUUUCGCUGCUGUUGCCGCUGCGUUCGGAGAAGAGAAUCUUGAGCUCCGCAACGUUCUAGCUAGACUUAAAGGAGCAGCGGCGUCCGGCUAGCGCAAUCUUUUUUUUUUUUUAAAUUAUUAUUAUUAUUAAAAGCAGAAGUGCGGGCGAGGCAUUAAAAAGAGGCAAGGCAAAAUGAGGGAAAUCGUACACAUUCAAGCUGGGCAAUGUGGUAACCAGAUCGGAGCAAAGUUCUGGGAAGUGAUCAGUGAUGAACAUGGAAUCGACCCAACUGGGACCUACCAUGGUGACAGUGAUCUACAACUGGAUCGCAUCAGUGUUUACUACAAUGAGGCCACUGGUGGUAAAUAUGUCCCUCGUGCCAUUUUGGUUGAUUUGGAGCCAGGAACCAUGGACUCAGUGCGUUCUGGACCUUUUGGACAAAUAUUUCGACCAGAUAAUUUUGUAUUUGGCCAGAGUGGAGCUGGUAACAACUGGGCCAAAGGUCAUUAUACAGAAGGUGCCGAGCUGGUGGAUUCAGUCCUAGAUGUUGUGAGGAAGGAAGCUGAGAGUUGUGACUGCCUGCAAGGAUUCCAGCUGACCCACUCUCUAGGGGGUGGAACCGGUUCUGGAAUGGGCACCUUACUGAUCAGCAAGAUCCGUGAAGAGUACCCUGACCGUAUCAUGAAUACCUUCAGCGUGGUGCCUUCCCCCAAGGUCUCAGAUACCGUGGUGGAGCCUUACAAUGCUACCCUCUCUGUCCACCAGCUAGUGGAGAACACAGAUGAGACCUACUGCAUCGACAACGAAGCUCUCUACGACAUCUGUUUCCGCACCCUCAAGCUGACCACUCCAACCUACGGGGAUCUUAACCACCUGGUCUCAGCCACCAUGAGUGGCGUAACGACCUGUCUCCGCUUUCCCGGACAGCUGAACGCCGAUCUCCGCAAGCUUGCUGUAAACAUGGUUCCUUUCCCUCGGCUCCACUUUUUCAUGCCCGGCUUCGCUCCUUUGACCAGCCGUGGCAGCCAGCAAUACCGGGCCCUCACGGUCCCUGAGUUAACGCAGCAAGUUUUUGACGCCAAGAACAUGAUGGCAGCCUGCGACCCCCGGCACGGACGCUACCUCACGGUGGCCGCCGUCUUCCGAGGCCGCAUGUCCAUGAAGGAGGUGGACGAACAGAUGCUGAACGUGCAGAACAAGAACAGCAGCUACUUCGUCGAGUGGAUCCCCAACAACGUCAAGACGGCCGUGUGCGACAUCCCUCCCCGUGGCUUGAAAAUGGCGGUCACCUUCAUCGGCAACAGCACGGCCAUCCAGGAGCUCUUCAAGCGCAUCUCCGAGCAGUUCACAGCCAUGUUCCGUCGCAAAGCUUUCCUGCACUGGUACACAGGUGAGGGCAUGGACGAGAUGGAGUUCACGGAAGCGGAGAGCAACAUGAAUGACCUCGUCUCUGAAUAUCAACAAUACCAGGAUGCCACAGCUGAGGAAGAGGAGGAUUUUGGAGAAGAGGCGGAGGAAGAAGCUUGAGGCUAAACCUCGCGCCCUUUUGACACCUGUUCAAUAAGUCCUCACAAAAUAAAAAUUAAAAAAAAAAUUGCAUCUCUACCCUGUGUUUCCUUCUCCUUCUUCUCAAAACUUAACCUGUCCACUCUCUUUUCAGACUUUUCUUACACAGCAGCCUCUUAACGAUGGUUUAAAGUUGGCUUGGCUUUUUUUUACAUGUAGUACUUUUUUUAGUUAUGGCAGGUACCUUGUAAAAUCAGGUGAGGGGAGGCUGUGUAAGACACUGGGAGAAGAUGCAGUUCCUUCCUUGCCUGUAAUUCUUACUGUAUUUAUUAUUCCCCAACCUACCAUAUCUCUUUUGUCAACCUAAAUAAAACUGCAGCUUCGACAAGGAAGUAGACAGUUUGGAGCAGACUUGCUUAGGGGAAAACAGAUACCUUUAAAAUGGAACCACUUCCUUGUUCUGCCAAAUGCUCCUUUCACCUUCCUGGCUUUGCCUUAAAGGCAUCCAUAUUCUGUAUCUGCAAUGGAAAAAUCCUUGCGUGGGCUGGAUUUGGCUCUUUUUCCCCACCAUCAGUAUUCAUGUCCCACCUGUCUACCACACUUGACUUAUCCCACUCGGGGUUGACAUGUUUCAAGUCUGUGACUAAAUCUAAGGAUGUUUAUCACAGCUUCAUGUUUUGCCAAACAAAAAACUAACAGUAUUUUGCUCCCUAAAGCGGGCGUUUGUUCAAACUUUAGCUUUAAUCUUAAAUCCUAACCUUAGUUGAAUUAUUAAUUGAACAUUGCUAUGUAGGGCAUAAGAUGCACUAAAAACGAAGGUCACUUCCGCUUCAUUCAAAUUAGGUGCUUGUAAAAGAUACAUUGCUUAAUUGCUGCUCAAAGAAGCAAUUCCAUUAAAUAGGAAGGAAGGUGCCGUGUAAGUGCUAAAAAUUUAAAUUUGUUUUAGGGAGAGGUGUAGAGAUAGAUGUGUUUGAGGGUAUGUCUGCUCCAAAAGAAAUAUGAAUGAAGUUCAAAUGUUCCAGGAUGUACAAGGGGGCAAUGCAUGAUUUGUUUCAGGUUUACUCAAUAUAUGACGUGCCAUCUUAUUGCAGAUGUAGACUGCCAUUGUGUUGCUUAAGUGAUAGCAAGUGUCAAAUAUAGAGAGGCCACUUAAGUUAGUGUGGCUAAAUGGAAGAGCAUAAGACACACUAACUUUGCCCCUAAAAUACUAGAUGGAGUAUUUUUGGCUCGAUGGGUCACCCCUAAAAGAUUGCCUUCUAUCAGUAUUUCUCAACGAGAUGCGUGGACUCUGUCCUGCCUUUUCUUCUGCUUGUUGAUCCAACUUUUUACUCACCUGUUCCACUCAUUUGUCUUCUUUGCUUUUUCUUCUUUU